GUAUCUAACCUCGUAAGCGCGAUAAGUACAAACUAUUAACUUCACGGUUAACAUUUUAAGCGAAAAUCCUGAAUAUUUUGAUAGUGUUCACGUGAAGGAUCUCUGAAAAGUGUAACUCGAACACAACAAAUGACAGACUACGGCCAAGAGACGGGUGGACGAGUGAAGGGCAUAACAAUCAUCAAGCCAAUAGUCUAUGGUAACGUAGCCCGGUACUUUGGCAAGAAAAGAGAAGAAGAUGGACAUACACAUCAAUGGACAGUCUACCUCAAACCUUACAAAAAUGAGGACAUGUCCACGUAUGUGAAGAAAGUUUCUUUCAAGCUGCACGACAGCUACCCAAACUCAACACGAGUUCUAACUAAACCUCCAUAUGAAGUCACUGAGACUGGAUGGGGAGAAUUUGAAAUCAUCAUCAAAAUAUACCUCAAUGAUCCAUCAGAACGACCGGUGACAGUCUACCAUUUAUUAAAGCUGUUCCAAAGUGAGACAGAUAUCAUGCUGGGCAAGAAGUCAUUGGUGUCAGAAUCCUAUGAUGAACUGGUGUUCAAUGACCCCACCUUCAUGAUGCAGCAGCUUUUGAAUGGAACGCGAUCUCUCUCUAUUGGUGCAUACAAACAUGACACAGACUUUGAGGAGAAGAAAGAAAAGUCGCUGGUGAAAAUUGAAAAUGCCAAAAGAAAAAUCCGAUAUGAGAUUGGUGAGCUGACUGAACGACUCAAACAGAAGAAACUGACCAUACAAAAUCUUAAAGAUGAAAUCACAAAGUUAGAUGCACCAAAUGUUGAAACAACUAUGGUAGAAUCCUUAACUUGAUGUGAAAGUACAGUUUUUCAGGGAUUCAUCAUGAAAUGUGUCAGAAAUUGUGUUGUUUCAUUUUAAAGUGCCAUCACUUUUACUUGCAUUAUGCUAUUAAAUAAGUAAAAGGUGAUUGAAUCUGUUCUAGAAAUACUGCACGUUGAUUUAAUUUCAGAUUUUACUAGUAUUAAGUGAGCCUGAACCCAUUUAUUCAUUAACUAUGACUUCUUGUAAGUUCUGUUUGAAUGUUGUGACAGUUCUUCUGAUGUUGGUUGUGUGGAGUACACUUCCAUGUGACAUGUGUGUCUGACCUUGCUUUCAGCUAAGUGCAAAGCAGUGCUCAAGUUGUUGAAGCCAUCAAACAUUGUUCAGAAUAGGAAAGCUGUAAAUAGUUAUGUUCUCCAUUAUACACCCCCUCCUCCUAUGUAAAAUGUUUGAGCCUCCAUUGUUGUGUUAACUGCAUAUCUCCUUUUCUUUUUGAAAUGGAACAUGCCUCAUAUGCUAACAUAAUUGUUAUGAUUUGCAGAAAGCAUGACUCAGUUAUGCUGGUUCAAGGUCCAACUUAAAGGUCUCCCCUAUGGCCUUUUAAGGUUUUCAUGAAACUUGGCUUUAAUAUUUAGUUGAUUGAGACAAUGUGCAGAAGCCAAAAGUCAGUCACACUGGCCUUUAUAUGUUGUGUCUGCGCCCUAUUAUGACAAUAAUGUACACCAAUUAAAUGAUUUUCAUGAAAGUUUGCCAAAGAUGUUUAGAUGUUUGUGCAGAAUGCAUGAGUCAGUUACAUGCAGUCAAUGUCAUACUUUCAUGGAACAAAUGUAUGUGUCAA